ACACAUAAUUUGUUUGUUAUAAAAAUCGUUGAACAGUUUAACCUAAACUAAACUCUGCAACACUGCUUUUAUUAUUUGACAUUUCUGAGUAGAAAUAAUAUGACAACAUUGUGAGUUUAUCUAGUUAAAAAAAAUCAGAGCUCUGAUUUGCGCUGAUUUUCCGUGUGCAUUUAUUUUAAAACUUAAGAAAUUAAAAUGGAAAGUUCUAUUGGCGAUUUGGUGCGACAACGAACCAGUGGCGAUGGAAUGGAAGAACAAAAAACUAACACGUCCAAAGAAGUUGAUAUUAAAUACGAUAAUUUAAUAACUCGUUCUGUCCGUCGACCAACUAGUGUUGCUAUACACGAAAAUGUUCACAAAAAAACAUCAAGUAGUAUUUCAACAGCUUCUAAUAACUCAUUCCUACAACCUAGUUUGCAAACACUUUAUCGUCGACACGAAGGGUCACGAAAUCUUGCACCAGUUCUACCAAGGGGUAGAUUGAUUCAAAUGAUUCCUCAUUUCGUCAAUCCGACUAAGACCAUGGGCACACAUAAGAAAAAUAAGCCUCCAAAAUUUAUCCCAUAUGAGCCCUACACAGGCGCUACAAGUUUCAUUGAACCAAAUGUGCAAACCCCCGUUAGCUCAACGCCAAAAACAACGAUAAAAAGUAAAAACAAUUUAGAUAUUGGAGUACUUGUAAGUCAAAUGUCAACAAUGCGUUCAAAGGAAUUAGGUGACAGGAACAGAGAUGAGUGUUGUGGUAGCAGUUGCUUGGAUACUGAAUUAGAAGAACUAAGGGGCGAUCUCCGAAAAAUGACAGAGGAACGUGAUUAUUACCAAGGACAAUUUAGAUUUCAAACGCAAGUUAAUUCUGAAUUAAAAAACUUGUUAGUUGCUUCUGUAGGCGAAGAUAUGCAGUCGCAUGUUAAUGUGCUUACUGAAGAUAAACUACAGUUAGCACGCGCGUUGUUAGAUACCGCUAAAAAUUUAACAACUCAUACGGAUCAAAUUGAGUUCCUUGCGAGCCAGUGUGAAGUGUGGCGUUCCAAAUUCCUUGCUAGUAGCGUAAUGGUAGAAGAACUAGCAAGGUGGAAAGCUGACCUAAUGCAGAAGAACCAAAUACUAGAAGAAUCUACUAAACGAUUAUUGCACGCAACUCAUCAAAUGAGAGAAAUGCAGUUAGACAUUUUACACAAUUUGAAAUUUGUAGCAAAGAUACGUUAUCUAAACCUUCCUAGUACUGACGUAAUUAGCCUUAGUUCAGAAAAUUUAAAUAUUGUGCAACAGAUGGUACUACACUCUGGUGUUGGAAUACCCGAAGGAGACGUUGAUAUUUUGAGUACUAGUAAAAAUCCGCUUUGUGAAGCUGAAAAAUAUGCGGUACAGUCUUUACAAUUCAUUAGUCAGCGUUUAAUGGCAACUGAUGAAGCGAUAAAAGCUCUUUUCGGGCAAGUUCAGCGACCAUAUAGUAGGAUAAGUGCACAAAACUAGUGUUUUUUUGUUGUAAAUUAUUUUAAAAUUGACGCAAAUGAAGGGAAUGGAAAUUUGUUAUAAUUGUAUCAUUAUAAAUUAUUAUAAUCGUAAUCUAAUUAUUUAAAUCGUGUUAUUGCACGAUAUUAAAACGUUAAUAGAUGCUAAAAAAUCCGUUUAAUUCAUUAUUUAAUUUUUUUAUAUUUUAACUAGCAGACCCGGCCACACUUUUUUGUGGCUAAGGUAUACAUUAAAUUAGUAAAUUCUUCAAUACAAAGAAAAAAUUCUUACGCAUAAAGACGAAAACGUUAUAACCGGUAUAUUUUAAAAUGAAUAUGUAUAUAUUGUAGAUAUUUAUUAAGCGUAAAUUAUCAUAAUUUGUAAAAGUUUAAUUUUUUUAAUCGUAUUAGCAUAUUUCAAAGUUGGCUCAAACUUGGCUUCGAUGACGAUAUUGAUUACCUUCUUCACAGCCAGUCUUGUUAUGUUUUAAUUGCAAUUGAGUGGGGAUAGUCAGGGCAAUUUUAAAUAGUCUGUGAGAUAAUUGACUACGUCAUCCUGGUUUGUAGCUGUGUCAACUCUCCUGAAGAUUGCAUUAAGAUCUUUGUUUUUUACCGCCAAUAUAGGUCAUUCAAUCAGUCAUUCAUGGUUAUCACAUUGUGGUUUCAUGUCUCAGACUCAGAGGGGUGCGCGAGCUAUUUUAGCCGACAAUUUAUUCUGCUGCCCCCGGUUGACAAGGCUAAAAGACUUGUCACCAGACGGCUGCAGAAAAUGCGAAACAACUGCGCGCCACUUGUUUUCACCAGUUCAGGAUGUCAUCAAGAAGACUAAGUCCUCUAAAGCCAUCGGCCCUGACGGAAUCAAUUCUCUGGUAUUAAAACAACUAGGUUCAACGGGAGCAGAAUGCCUCACCAAGGUACUCAAUUUAUCGCUAACCGCCAACCAAGGGAGUCUAUACCCGAGACACACAUGUAAAUGGUCUGAUAAAAGAAUUAUGGUAUUGUGUUUACUACGUGUAUUGUCACACAUCGAGUAAACUGAAAUACCAACUUUGUUUCACAGACCACAAAAAAUGUAAACAAUAAAUAUUUACAUAUGUGUAAUGGAGAAUGCAAUUUUUAACAUUACAAAAAGAUGGCAAAAAUAUGUAUCUUCUGUACAAAAAACAGAAGUAGUUGAAAUGUAUCUUAAAAGUCCGUCACAUAUGGCCAUCAAAUUACGGCGAAACCUCUGGCGUUUUGAAAAAAAAAACAUGUGGAUUUUUUUUUAUUUUCCAUUUUACUUAUUUAUUUUUUAAAAGUCAUUUUGACAAAAUAUUUUCAAAAGCUUUUGUAUAUAAGCUCUCACCUAUUUUCUUACCUAUUUUUAGCUGUGUUCAGUGAACAAAAAAUACUGAUAUUGUUACCAGCAAAAUACUACAAUGCUCACAUGGUAAAGUGCUGGUAUUUGGUGAAACACAUCUGGUAUUCGUACGAACAAUAGUAUUGUUAUUACAUGUGUGUCUCGGCUAUUAUCGCCCGAUAACUCUCCUUUCCCCGGUAGUGAGGACACUUGAGGCCUUGCUGCUCCCGACACUCAUGAACCUGAACCUAGCGGUACAUCAACAUGGUUUCUGUCUGCACUCCACACACGACCGCGAUAAUCACUAAAGUACAGAGCCGCAACACUUGGUAGUAGCACUUGGGGGAAAGGACAAAGAAAUGUUGCUGGCCACUUACAAGGCUAUCGGCCGGCCGGUCGUAAAUAUCGCAGCACCGGUAUGGUCGCCUGUAUGCAGCGGCACGCGCAGAAGAAGAUACAGACGUGUCAGAACACCGUACUCCGGACAGCUAUAGGAUGCCUCUUGAUGUCACCAGAAGCACAUUUGCACAAUGAGGCCACUAUGCUGCCUAUAAGGAAGCAUAAUGAACUGCUUACCAAGCAGUUUCUACUAGGCUUUCGUAGAAAUCACCCAUGUAAUCACUUGCUGGAAGCAGAACCGCCCUCAGUUUCAGACACGAUCUAAACGCCAUUCACAGUGGAGCUAUUAACACCUUCCUUGACUCCCUUCCAGUGAAUGGCGUCCUUGGAACCAAACCACCACGUUUAGCAGACGAAGAGCUCGAGUUGCCACGUGAAACCAGAGUGACCCUUACGCAACUUCGAUCUUGCAAUUGUAGCAGGUUAAACUCCUAAUUAUCCAGGCUAAACCCCGACAUACAAAAUACUUGUCCUGCAUGCAACGAGUCCUCGCAUGACACUAACAUAAGAAGCAUAAUGAACUGCUUACCAAGCAGUUUCUACUAGGCUUUCGUAGAAAUCACCCAUGUAAUCACUUGCUGGAAGCAGAACCGCCCUCAGUUUCAGACACGAUCUAAACGCCAUUCACAGUGGAGCUAUUAACACCUUCCUUGACUCCCUUCCAGUGAAUGGCGUCCUUGGAACCAAACCACCACGUUUAGCAGACGAAGAGCUCGAGUUGCCACGUGAAACCAGAGUGACCCUUACGCAACUUCGAUCUUGCAAUUGUAGCAGGUUAAACUCCUAAUUAUCCAGGCUAAACCCCGACAUACAAAAUACUUGUCCUGCAUGCAACGAGUCCUCGCAUGACACUAACCACAUUUUUGUAUGACCAACGAACCCUACUCAUCUAACACCCUUUUACUUUUGGUCCGACCCCGUCGAAGCAGCAUGCUUCCUGGGCCUCCUGUUACCUCGACGACAACUAGAUUUAUACUUUCCUUUUCGGCAGGGAUAGAUAAUCGUUACAACAACAACAACAACCUUCAAAAUAUUAUUAUUUUUUUGUUGUCAACUCGAAUAAAGUUCUCGGAUUAUAAUCUUCCUAGCAAUUUUUCCAUAUUUACUUACUUUCUAAUAUUUUCCUGGCAUUCCACGAAUAUUUCAAGACUAAAAUUAGCCAGAUCGGUUUUGCCGUUCUCGACUUUUUGCGAGACUAACGAACAGAGCAAUUAAUUUUUAUAUCUAUUGAUUACCAAUUGUUUGUAUGGGAGAUUAGAAAAGUGUGGUUUUUAGUCUUUUUCAGGAAAUUUUUUUAACUUUUCUCUCCAUAAGAACCAUUCUUGCACUUCAAGGAAUAUUGUAAAAAAGUAUUAGCGAAAUCGGUUCAGCUUUUCUCGAGUUAUGCGCUUUGCAACACAUUUUGCGAUUCAUUUUUAUAUUAUAGAAGAUACGGUCAAGCAUUUUUCAGUUUGCGGUAUUUUAUUAAUAUUUAAUAUAAUUUAAACGUAACAAUUGAAAAUAUGUAUUUUAUUUGCUGAGUUUAUUAUAUUUCCCACAAAAUAUUAUUUACUUUUACGAUUCGAAAUAACAUUUUAUUUUAAACGUGUUGUUGUAUACAUGUCCAAACGACGCUGCUUGAAAGUUGGAAUUUGUGCACGAACUUCUUGUACAAUAGAAAAAUCUGGAAACAAGAAAUAGACAAAUAAACUCCAUUAUUAGGAUACAUAUGCAUGUACAAUAUGUACAUAUACAUAUAUUUUCUUACCAAUAUCAACUGAAAUUAAAUCUUCGCCUUGCGUAGCUGUUUUCAAAACUUGUCCCCAUGGAUUAACUACGCUCGAGUGACCCCAAGCUAUAUAUUCAGCAUUUUCAUCGCGAGCAGGCGAAGUCGUUACAACAUAUAAUUGAUUAUCGUUGGCUCGCGAACGCUGUAAAAGUUCCCAAUGUAAGGGACCAGUA